AUGGAAAAAAGGGAACCAAUCUUUAAAAAUCAAGCAGGAAAAGUCCAAAAGCCUACAAAACAGACAAGUAUGUCUUCUAGAAACAAAUCAAUGAAUUUAAAUGCUACAUUAACUCUGAAUUAUCUCCCUUCCUUUUCUUCAGACCACAGUAAGGUGUUGAUUACAUUAUCUGAUUACUGUCAAAGAAGAUUAGCUUGGGGAGUUGAUCAUGCGGAAGAAACAAAUUAUGAUACAAGUGAAUCCAAAUUACGAAGAGAGUUUGAAAUAUAUGGCCCCAUCAGAAAGUCUGAUAAAGAAUUUGUUUGA